UUGGUUUACAGUUGGCUGACGAUUCCACAGAUAACCCAGUAUCAGUAUUUUUUGCAAAUUAAGCAAGACAUUCUUACUGGAAGAUUAUCCUGUCCUUGUAACACUGCUGCCCUUUUAGCAUCAUUUGCUGUUCAGUCUGAACUUGGAGACUACAAUCAGUCAGAAAACUUGGCAGGCUACCUCUCAGAUUAUUCUUUCAUUCCUAAUCAACCUCAAGAUUUUGAGAAAGAAAUUGCAAAGUUACAUCAGCAGCACGUUGGCUUAUCUCCUGCAGAAGCAGAAUUUAAUUACCUAAAUGCGGCACGUACCUUAGAACUCUAUGGAGUUGAAUUUCACUAUGCAAGGGAUCAAAGUAACAAUGAAAUCCUGAUUGGAGUGAUGUCAGCAGGAAUUCUGAUUUAUAAGAACAGGGUACGGAUGAAUACUUUUCUGUGGUUGAAGAUUGUAAAAAUUUCUUUUAAAUGCAAACAGUUUUUUAUUCAACUUAGAAAAGAGUUGCAUGAAUCUAGAGAAACAUUACUGGGAUUUAAUAUGGUGAAUUAUAGAGCAUGUAAAACUUUGUGGAAAGCGUGUGUAGAACAUCAUACAUUCUUCCGCCUGGAUAGACCACUUCCACCUCAAAAGAACUUUUUUGCACAUUAUUUUACAUUGGGUUCCAAAUUCCGGUACUGUGGGAGAACUGAAGUCCAGUCAGUUCAAUAUGGCAAAGAAAAGGCAAAUAAAGACAGGGUAUUUGCAAGAUCUCCAAGUAAGCCUUUGGCACGGAAAUUAAUGGAUUGGGAAGUAGUCAGCAGAAAUUCAUUAUCUGAUGACAGGUUAGAAACACAAAGCCUCCCAUCCCGGUCUCCACCUGGAACUCCCAACCAUCGGAAUUCUUCAUUCACACAAGAGGGAUCCCGGGUUCGGCCGUCUUCAGUUGGUCAUUUGGUAGACCAUGUCGUUCACAUGUCCCCCAGUGAGGAUUUUGUAAGUCAGAGAUCUCCAUCAUCAACGCAAGCUAAUAGCAUAGUUCUGGAGUCAUCACCAUCACAAGAGACCCCUGAAGAUGGGCAGCCACCAGCUUUACCACCCAAACAAUCGAAGAAAAAUAGCUGGAACCAAAUUCAUUUUUCAAACUCUCAGCAAGAUCUAGUCACCCAUACUAAUGAUUCCUUUGAUGUGCCCUCUUCCCCUGAAAAGUCCACUCCUAAUGGUGGCAUUCCACAUGAUAACCUUGUUCUAAUCAAAAUGAAACCUGAUGAAAAUGGAAGGUUUGGAUUCAAUGUAAAGGGAGGAUAUGAUCAAAAGAUGCCUGUAAUUGUGUCCCGGGUAGCACCAGGAACACCUGCUGACCUCUGCGUCCCUCGAUUGAAUGAAGGGGACCAAGUGGUACUAAUAAAUGGUCGGGACAUUGCAGAACAUACCCAUGAUCAAGUAGUCUUGUUUAUUAAAGCUAGCUGUGAGAAACAUUCUGGGGAACUCGUGCUCCUAGUCCGACCUAAUGCUGUAUAUGAUGUAGUAGAAGAAAAACUAGAAAGUGAACCAGACUUCCAGUAUAUUCCUGAGAAAACCCCACUAGAUAGUGUCCAUCAAGAUGACCAUUCCUUGCGGGAAUCAAUGAUCCAGCUAGCUGAGGGGCUUAUAACUGGAACAGUACUGGCACAGUUUGAUCAACUCUAUCGGAAAAAACCUGGAAUGACAAUGUCUUGUGCCAAAUUACCUCAGAACAUUUCCAAAAACAGAUACAGAGAUAUUUCACCUUAUGAUGCUACACGGGUCCUUUUAAAAGGUAAUGAAGACUACAUCAAUGCAAACUAUAUAAAUAUGGAAAUUCCUUCUUCAAGUAUUAUAAAUCAAUACAUUGCUUGUCAAGGGCCAUUACCACACACUUGUAAAGAUUUUUGGCAAAUGACUUGGGAACAAGGCUCCUCCAUGGUUGUGAUGUUGACCACACAAGUUGAACGUGGCAGAGUUAAAUGUCACCAGUAUUGGCCAGAACCCUCAGAAAGCUCAUCCUAUGGAUGCUAUCAAGUCACCUGCCACUCUGAAGAAGGAAACCCUGCCUAUAUCUUCAGGAAGAUGACACUGUUUAACCAAGAGAAAAACGAGAGCCGUCAACUCACUCAGAUUCAGUACACAGCCUGGCCUGACCAUGGAGUACCUGAUGAUUCGAGUGACUUUCUGGAUUUUGUUUGUCAUGUACGAGACCAGAGGGCUGGAAAAGAAGAGCCCAUUAUUGUUCAUUGCAGUGCUGGAAUUGGAAGGACUGGGGUUCUUAUUACUAUGGAAACUGCCAUGUGUCUCAUUGAAUGCAAUCAGCCAGUUUAUCCACUAGACAUUGUAAGAACAAUGAGAGAUCAAAGAGCAAUGAUGAUCCAAACACAGAGUCAAUACAGAUUUGUAUGUGAAGCUAUUCUGAAAGUUUAUGAAGAAGGAUUUGUUAAACCAUUAACAACAUCAUCAAAUAAAUAAAACAAAAAGGUUGGAACAAGUACUGGGAAACUGAUUUUGUUACGUUCACUGUACCAUAAUACUGCUUGCAGGAAAUGGCCUCUCACACAAAAAGUGAAGAACUCAAAAAGACGUCAAGAACUUCAGCACUACUGCACUUUAUGUUUUAAAAAGUCACUCAAAACCUAUUACUCACAUGGUUGACCAUUUUGUGAUUUGCUCUGAACAACGAGUGAAAACUGAAUAUGUUCAGGGUAGUUUAUGGAAUUUUGAGGUGUUGCCAUGCAGUCUCCUUGGGUAGAAUUGCCACAGAUAAGGCUCAGAAUUCUCAUCUCUUAUACACCUGUACCUUGAAAGCAAAAAGGAAUAAACAUCAGGAGUCUGCUCGGGUCUUACCCAGUGGUUCAUGUACUUGCUCUACUGAUUACCAGAUUUUAUUUUUCAAAUAUUAGCAAUACCAUUCUCAACAUUAGCCAGUACACUGCCUGUGGAUGCAGCACAUCUUCCCUGCCAUCCCAGUAGGGACCUGCUGUUGAGAAGAACAUUGGAACGUGCUGUUCCCAGGAAAUGCUGCACAGUGUCCAUUUACCAGCAUCUCAGAGAACUAACUAUGAAUCUAUGGAUUUUCUUGGAUUUAAUGAUGUAACUUAUAUUUAUCAUAAGGUUGGCUUAUUCCAAAUCAUAUGAUUUCACAUUCUUGAUGUAAAGGAAUGCAUGCAUCGUGUCUUAACCCCUUAAGUGCCUUGAGAUAUCUUUGUCUAAUGAAAAGGCACUCAUUUGACCCCAUAGGAGGUAUGUAUGUAUACUGUACAUUCUUAUAGUUUUAUGAAUUUUUAAUAAGUUCACAGUGUUUUUAAAAACCAGCUUCUUAUGUUGAGAGUUAUACAAAGAAGGGUAAGGACAUUCUGUUUCUUACUCAGUGCUUGCUUGGACUUUGCCAUAAAAGCCAGGUUCUCUGUAUUCUACUGAGAGUGUAUCUGCUGCUAUGGAAUUGUUCACAAUCUGUACAUUCCUUUACUGAGUGACAGGGGUUAAAGUUUAGCAGCAUAACUUAAAAGAGGGUUUAUUCUUCAAAUGUCAUAUUUACUUUAUCCUAAGUUAAAAAGUUUUGUUUAACAUGUAUAUUAGAGAUAAAUAUAUUGGUACUCUAAGUUAUAGUGUCAAAGUUAAUUAGUUGGAAUAUUAACAUCUAUAACUAAAGUGUUGCCCUGAAGCAUCAUUCUAGGUCAUAUCAGGCUGUCUUCACACUGCUCUUUUCAUUGGGAUUCUUUAGACAAGGAAUUAGAUGCUAUUGACUUUCUCUAAAUGUGACCCUUCAUAAUAGUAAAAUGGCAGUUUUCUUGUCAUCAUAGUUUAUAUAUACCUAUUAAAUUAUCAGCAUGUCAGUGAGUCCAUCUUGAUGGAAGAUCCAGCUCCCAUUGCAGAUGUGUAUGUUUUCCUUGUUUUAAGUCUAUGGAGACAGAUUUGUAAAAUUGCCCAUUUAAUGUGAGAACUUGCUCACCUUUUCACAUGUUAUUUUAUAUGGAUAUGGUUAAAAUAGACACAUUUGCUAGUGGUUUCAGAUUACUUCUGCAGUCUUGAUAAAACAUAGGUUCCAAUGGUAGAUGUUUUGGAAUGCUAUUUAGUUGGGAGAAUGAUAAACAUUUAAAAAUCUUUAGUAAAAUAUAAAUUAUUGUUUCAUGUAUUCAGAAUCCAUAAUAGUAAAAUUCAGCAUUUAAAUAUUAGUUGCCAGGGUACCAAAUAAAUUGUCACUUAUAAUAUUUCUUGUCUUAUUUUUAAAGAAAGAAAUAAACAUAUCUUUACAUCAAGCAGAAGUCCCCCUAUUCUGAUUUCACAUGCAAGACAAUAUUAGUUAGUGAACUAUAAUUUUGCUCAGACAUUCCAUUCUCUACCCAGAGGCAUAUGUAAUUUAGGCUGGUAGGAUAUCGUUGCAAGUUAAAAAGCGAAAUUGGGUUGGAGAUCUACACAUUAUAAAGCUAUUUUAUUUCAUUGGUCGAUUUUAGCCUAAAUUUUAAAUCUUGCCAUGUGGGUAGAAGGUGACAACCAUAGACGGAAAGAAAAAAGCUAUGUAGAAGGGCAGUGUCGUGAUUCAUUUGCUCUUUAAUGUAAAGCUUUGGGUAAAUUUCUGUAGAUAACACUGCUGUUGGCAGUGAGCAUUGCUGCCUUUUAAGUCAGCAGUGCUUGUUUUUAAAUGACAAGGGGAGAAAUAAAUUUAAAUUUCUCAUAGAAAUUCUUGUCUAAGAACUAUACUCCAUUAGUAUUUUACAUGUGAAAACAGCCCUUUUAGAGUAUUUAUUAGGAUCCUAAGCUAAUCGUAGCCUUCACAAAUUGUUACUAUGGAUAUGCUAAUUAAAUUUUGCUAGUUACCUAACAUAUAACAGUCCUUUACAUCUAAGCAUCUAAUCAGAUAAUUAAUCUAAAUAGAUUUCUAGAAAUACUGCUAGUUUUCAAACACCAGGUAGUGCUACACUCCAUACAUAUUGAUGUAAUAUUGUGUAACAAUACCCAAAUUUCUUGAAUCAAACUACUUUUCCAUUUCACUCGCCACUUGUAAGUCCACACCCCAACAAACUCAAGAAAGAAUGUGUUUCUCCCGACAAGUGAAAAGUCAGUAUUGGUGAGUCAGGACUUUUGUACAUGCUAAAAGUAAAAAUAAAUGUGAAAAACUUCCUUCCCUCAAUUCACAUGACUUUUCUGCUUCUUUUAUUGGGCAUUUGGUUAUGUCAGCACUGCCGAGAUGCUCUAUAGUAAUCUUUUGAAGUAGAUUUUGCAUUCACAAAAAGAAUAGGUUGUAUUUGCUAAACUAAUCCAUUUAUUCAAAAGUGAGGCAGAAUAAAUAGCCCAAGAAAAGCUUGUGUGUAGCUUGCUGGGCCAAGUAAUUGGGAAAGGGUAAUGAUUGAUCAUUUUGACUUCAGAAUAAAGGUAACAGUGUAUGAAAGUAGACUUCACAUGCACUUACGCUGAGCCAUUAGGACGGUUGCUUGAAAGUUUGGGUACUACUGUACGUGCCUUCAUAGAGAAAGAUCAGUGCAUUGCUUUGCAUGUGUGCUUCAUAAAGACAUGUCCACAGACUUUUAACCAUGGGGUUGUUUAUAUCUCUUGGCAGGUCUGACCAAGUCUAAUGAGUUACUUGAGCAAAAAAAUCUCUUGUCUCACUAGAAGUAGUACUUGAGAGCUAAAAAUUUGAAAGAUUUUGUUCAGUUUCUAUGUCCUUGUUAUUAUAGGAAGGACCAAAGGUCCAGCAAUUAAUUUAGCAGAAUCUAGUCAUCUUAGGAUUUUCUAAUUCUCAAUUUAGUGUUGCUGUAUUAGACUAUAACUUCAGUAAAUUGUGACUCUGAUCAGUACUUGUAAAGUUUAUCUAUUUCUACUUGGGAGGCAUGCUCAGUUGUCACUUGGAACCUGUGACACCUUAGAAGUUUGAAAGGAGACUUCAAAAGUGAUGCCAAUUAGGGACUGGACUCAGUUUGCUAGAACUUCCCUAACAGCUUAGCAUAAGCGAUCGUGAAGUAUUCAUGCUGAUACGCAUGCAGUCUAAAACUGAACUGCAAGUAGGAAAGCAAUUUUAAAGCACUUAAAACAUUGAACUGAGAUUUAGAACUUAUACCUACCUACAAAAUAAUAUAUUCAUGUGAACCUGUGAUAAGAUAGAAAUAUAGUUGUUUAGCAGGAAGAGAAAAGGAAACAUGAACUUAUAGCAAUAUGCUAUUUAAUGUCUGUGUUUGGAAUAUUUAAAAUAUCUGAUGGUAAAGUUGCCAAAGUAGUUUUGAAUUCAUGUAAGUUGUUUAUACUACAACAAUGUGGGGUAUGUUUACAGGCUCUUUAGAGUACUUACUUUGUAGUUCUGAUGAAGCUUGUCGUUUGUAUUUAAAUCAUUUAUAGUAACUAUAUGAUGAUAAAUAUUUGCUGGAGUAAAUAUCUCAGUAAUAUAGCAAAACGUAUCUAAGUAAUCUCACAGUCUGCUUUCAUACAAGGUGCUGUGUCCAGAAAGCGAGUGCUUUGUGUUAACAUUGCUCACAUCCCACGCUUGCAUCAAAUGUCCAGCUGCCAUUCCUAGAACCAUGUGUGGUGCUUCCUCCAAGUAAAACAGCUGUGUUAUCCUAACUAAGUGGAUUGAAUUCAUCAACUAUCAGAAAUACUAACCUAUUAACAGAUAUUUGUGUCUCAGUGUGAUCACAAAGUGUAACAACUUUCAUGAAAUUCUUAGAGAAUUAUUUACAUGCAAAGAAAUUUAGGUAAUCCUAAAACUUUUAGAGGGCUAAUUGCUAAUAGAUAAUUUCAUCAAUUUUAAGAGUAAAAGAAAUCAAUCCCAGAAUUAUAUGUUCUGGGUUCAGCUUUUUACCACAAUUCUUAUUUUGCAUGGGUUUCAUUUACUCUUAGUAGUAGUAAUUAUAUUUCUCUAUGUUAACAGAAACAACAACCCAUAUAUUCCAGCCCGCAAUUACUUGAUUUUCAUGCCUUAUUGAAUUCUUUUGAGUAGAUACCAUAAAGUUAUUUUCUGUUUCCAUGUAUCAGUGUGCUGCUGCUUAUUUACAUUGUUCUACUAUGGUAGACUGUUGAUUUCUAAAGGCAUUGUUUAUUUUUUUUAGUUCUCCAAAGGUAAAUGGGCAGCCAUUAGUCAUAGCUGCUUGACGGCAGUCCAUCUAUAUUGGCUAGGUAUGGCUCAGUGCAUAAGCAAGUACACCAUUUGCAGAAAAGUAUUAGCAAUAUUGCAAGUUAAAGCUACACUGUUAAGGAAGAGUUUAAACGCUUAACUUCCUGGAGCUUUGUAAAAUUUCCAGUAUAAGGGUGAAAAAGAAAGCCUUGUUAAGGUCAUAAAAGUUUCAAUUAAACACUGUAGAGUUUUCCUAUUAUUAUGUAAAUGAUAUACAGAAAAUAUUUUUCUAUGAACAGAAGGUUAAAAGUUUAAUUUCAUUGCUUAAAAGGGAUAAAACAAUAUUUGUAUGUCUUUCAUGCUGUAAAGAAAAUGAAUGUAUCUUUCAAAUGUUAGAGUUGUUACUUGAUUCUAAGCAUAUGUGUUUUAGAAAACUGCAAAGGGUUGAAGAGUAUUACAAGUCAUUAUGUAAAAUGCAAUGUUGGAAGAAACGGAGUUUCAUUAUAAAUGAGUAGGACUAGCAAAGCAUAUUUCAGAUAUAGUGUACAUUCAUUUUCACAUUGCUUUGUUUUAUUUAUAGAAAUGUUUCUUAAAAAUUGUAUAUACUGUUUUGAGUGUAACAUAAUUGAUUUCUACUCCUGUGUUAGGCUUAGUGUGCUGCUGCAUGUGUCUACCAUGGAGGAAAGUUCCCAAGCUUUGUCAGUGUCACAGCCACCAGUAGUGGCAUCAUUGUGAGAAUGUGAAACCCAUGCCUAAGAGCCACUGCAGUAAAUAUGUGCAGAGGCCUCUGACUGUGCUAAUGUGUUUUCCUUUUUAUCUUCAAUGACAGAUAUAGUAAGACUACUGGACCCAACUCUCCUGACUUGUAACAGUGGUGGCUUGUAUGCUUACAACUUUAUUCAGCUGAGUGAAGACUCUUUAAACCAGUGCCCAUAGGUGUGAGUGAUUUGUUCAAUAGCUUCCUUAAAUCUAGUAUUUACCAGUUAUUAAACUUGAUGAAGAUUGGGAAUUCAUUGUUUUGACACUUUUCUAGCCAUUCAUACUUAUUUUAACUCAUGAUGUACCCUGAACAACCAAAAAGUGAUCCAUGGUUAGUGUCAUAUUUCCUCUACCCCAGCAGUUACAAAGUUUAGCACUGCUAAAUAACUGAUGACUUAGAAGUUGCAUUGUUAAAUACAGUCACUGCCAAGGAUCAUCAAGGAGAUAGCUUUCUUUAACCUUUGGCCCAGAUAGUUGCUGCUUCCUGGUUUCCCUAGAUGUGCUAUAUAUUUGGUAAAUGUCUUCAUAUCCACUAUAGUCACAAUUGGGCCUAGUUUACCCUUUAAAAGUUUUUUUGUUUUCCACUCAUAUACUAUUCUAGUUAUCUUCCUUCCUGGGGAAGGAAGAUUCAGCCCAAGAUUCUCUGGAUCCAUUUUUCCCAGUGUUUGAAUGACUUAACAAGAUUCCUCAUUCCUGAAUCCUGUAGAGUGAGUACUUUUUCAGUGCUAAAAUUGUUUUCAAAUAGCACUUUAUUUCAUGCCUACUACUGAUUUAAUUUAUCCAUUAGAAAUAUCUAUCCUAGAGUUUUGUAAAUACAGAAGAGCAAUUGAUUAGUAGUAGAGUUUAUUAGAUUGGCCCCAAGUUCAAAUGCUUUAUAAUGAUCUCUUGAGAGCUUCUUUGAUAUUUAAGAGGUAACUUAUGUGGAUUUAGCUCUGCCAUUUUCCUGUAAUUUGUAUAAUACAGUAGAGGUUGCCCAGCCAACUAUAUUUGCUGGACUUACUUCUCUUAGCUAGCUAGCUUCAGCCAAGCUUGGUUAGUAAAACUGUUUUUGUGCUCUGAGUUUUGGACAUCGCAUGAAUAUUUGGAAAUAUGUUUGUUUUCAGUGUAGUACCUAAAGAUUUAGUAGAUACUGCACCACAAGUUCAUAGUUUAUAUGAAAGACAAAGAGCAGAACUUAUAAUAUUGUAACAGUUUAUAUUAAGCUGUUUUUAUAAUCUGCCAGUACAAUACAUCUGCUGUAAAAAUAUAAAAGUUGUCUACCCCAGUGGUCUCCAGCAUCAGAACACACCAAUUCUAAACUAUGCUGUGGACUUUUCAAAAAAGAAAGGCUAGUUAUUGUCUUCUACAGGAGGGUAGGUUAACUUUAGGCCUGAUAGCUUAUACUUAUCAGUACUGUUUUAAACAGGAGUUUAAAAAUUAUUUUUAUGUAGAGGGUAUUUUAAUUUGGGAACUUUCUUUUUUUGUAAUAGGUGCUAUAUGUAAAUAUGGAGUGAGAAUUUGCUUGAUUAAAGGUCUAGUUAUUUCCUUAUUAAAAUACUUUUCAUUUCUGUUUCCAUUUCAUGGUUUGUGCUGAACUAAUAGCAAAAUAGAAUCAGUCCCUUAAAGUUGUAGACUACCUUUUCUCACAGGUGUACAAACAAAUUUCCAUAUGGUUUGGUCUCAGAUUAAGAGGCAAAGAAGCUAAGAAUGAAAACAUAAAAUACAUAAGCUUGAAUUUGGUCAACACUGGACUAUUAGAAAUUAUCACUGUGCACUUGUCACUGCAGUUUACUGUGUGUCUGAAAGGCAUUGUGUGUGUGUCAUAAUUUCAGUGAAAAUUAGAAUUCCUGCCAUUCAUGUUUAAACAAUCCACACAUAGCAACAGUGAACAGGAUAAAAAUGCUGGUUUGCAUUGAAACUGUUUUAGUCCUAACCUCAAUUUAUAUUAUGCAAAAUGCAUUUACAGAUAUUUUGUUGGUUAUAUUUCAUUUUGAUUUAGUACUUGUUCAGGUACAAAUGUGAAACAGAAGAAACCCCACCUAGCUGUUAAUGUUCAAUUGAAAAAUAAAGAUGGCUUUAG